AUGGUACAGGAGGAAGAUGGGGACAUGGUGGGACAGAGCUGCUGGAAAUUCAGCCGAGCAGAGAGCAAAGCUCUGCUGGAGAUACCCACGUUUGGGGACAUCUACCACGUCACAGGAGUGCUCAGCCUGCCCUACGCGGAGAUCAGGGAGCCCUUCGAAGCCUGGUACAACCUCACCGGCGGGAAGAGCCGCAUCCAGUACUACGGCGGCCAAGUGGUCACCUACCAGUUCGGCUCCGUCGAGCCCUUCGGCGCCAGCUUCAAGGUGACGCCGGAGACCACGGAGACAGAGGUCAACGUCCGCAAGUGCUUCCGCAUCAACGGCACCGACGGGGACCUCGUCACCCCGCAGAGCGUCUUCCCCAGCCUGGAGAACUUCAAGUGGGUUCGGGAGGAGCGCUUCCGCGGGCAGCGCUGCGCCGUCUGGCAGAACGUCUCCUACUGGGGCCGCAAGAAGAACGUCUACACGCUGCGGGUGGGCAGCUCGGCCCGUGGUCCGGUGCCCCUGCACUACGAGGUGCGCGGCUUCAACAGCCUGCUGGGCUCCCACUACGACAAGUACGAGAUCGACUACUCCACCUUCAGCCACCGCUUCUCCCCUGAGGUCUUCCAGCUCCCGGACGGUGUGCAGUGUGAGCAGUGGCCCGUGGCCGGCCCCGAGCACCGCAUCGUGGCCAACCCCAUGCGGGAGUUUGUGGGGACGGACACGGAGCACGUCCACCACCACCUCUUCCACCACUACCAGGAGAGGUUUGGAAAGCGCUACGGCAGCGAGGAGGAGCAUGAGCACCGCAAGCGCGCCUUCAUCCACAACAUGCGGUUCGUGCACUCGAAGAACCGCGCUGCGCUCUCCUACACGCUGGCGCUGAACCACCUGGCCGACCGCACGCCCCAGGAGCUGGCGGCGCUGCGCGGCCGUCGCCGGAGCGGGGCCCCCAACCACGGGCUGCCCUUCCCCACCCAGCUCUACGCCGACCUCCACCUCCCCGAGAGCCUCGACUGGAGGCUGUACGGCGCGGUGACCCCCGUGAAGGACCAGGCUGUCUGCGGCUCCUGCUGGAGCUUCGCCACCACGGGCGCGAUGGAGGGUGCCCUCUUCCUCAAGACUGGCGUGCUGACCCCGCUGUCCCAGCAAGUCCUCAUCGACUGCUCCUGGGGCUUCGGGAACCAGGCGUGUGAUGGGGGCGAGGAGUGGCGAGCCUACGAGUGGGUGAUGAAGCACGGCGGCAUCGCCAGCACCGAGUCCUAUGGGCCGUACCUGGGGCAGAACGGCUACUGCCACUGCAACCAGUCGGAGCUGGUGGCCCCGCUCGCCGGCUACGUCAACGUGGAGCCGGGCAGCGCCGCGGUGCUGAAAGCCGCGCUGGUCAAGCACGGCCCCGUGGCCGUCAACAUCGACGCCUCGCACAAGUCCUUCGCCUUCUACGCCAACGGCGUCUAUGAGGAACCCCACUGUGGGAACGAGACGUCGGAUCUGGACCACGCGGUGCUGGCCGUGGGCUACGGGGUGUUGCACGGCAAGAGCUACUGGCUCAUCAAGAACUCCUGGUCUACCUACUGGGGCAACGACGGCUACAUCCUCAUGGCCAUGAAGGACAACAACUGCGGCGUGGCCACCGCCGCCUCCUUCCCCGUCCUGGCCUGAUGGGACGCGGCCCCAACGCGUGCCCCAUCCCCACCGUGUCCCCCUGUGCAGCUCUGGCUGGAUGCGGGGCUCCGCGAGGUGACCGUGGGGCAGAGGGGGGCAGCCCAGCCAGGAGGGCAGAGGGUUUUUGGGGAGGUGUUUUGUCGUUUGGGCAAUAAAUGCUGUGAGAAGUGA